AUGCGUUUCUUCGAAGCCGAUGUUUCAUUGCCACUGGACCAUCUGCAGCUCAAACCUGCCUAUGAUAUUAUCAUGGUGAAUUGGGUUUGGAUCAUGUCGGUAGUAUCCAGAUGCUCGAAGGGGUAUGGAAGAACAUUGAGAAAUAACUCAAGCCCGGUGGCAGAUUCCUUGGCACCCGCGUUGCAGACGCGAAGACUCAUUGCCUCCAAGUUGGCAAGUACGGGUACAUUUAUAAGAACUUUAGACCCAACCCGGGAGGUCUGGCUUACACUGUGUCUAUUCACGGGGGUCCUAUUUGAGAAUACGAAGCUGCUUCUAUGGAAGCGAGCAUGUCUGGGCUUCACAGAUAUCGAGACUAUACCUUUUGAGAGUGCGGAAACGAUCCAGAAGGACCCCGAGUUCUGGAAACUGUUCAUGGAAAGCCCGCCUUUUGUUGUAGUGAAGGCGACGAAGAAGUCAUGA